AUGCGUCACAGUGCAGCAGCAGAGGGGGAGGGAGGGAGAGGGGGGGAGGUGAUCAGACGAUGCACCAGCAGCAAGAGGGACCAGGACAUCAGCCUGUGGGACAUAUACCUACCAGAGGACGCCGCAAAUAUGACCGCUUCACACACGCAUUUGUCCCAUCACCUGCUUGUGCUGCUGUUGAUCUGCAGACACGUGAAUACAAAUCUUUUGGUUUUGGAGAACACCACUGCUAUCACUGAGCCACCAGUUGAAACCCCUGGCCCCAAGUCCUCCCCACUGGCUCCUCACACUCCGAUGCAGACAGGACAGAACAGACAGAGUGUGGUUCUGACAGACCCCGCGGGCCCCAAGACUUCCCCUCUGGCUCCUCUCACGGAACUCCUUUAG